UGGUCUGAGGGUGGCACGUGCACAGCCUGAGACUUCAGUUGAGGUGCCACCUCCGCUGCCAUCACUGUGUCCGGGCCCCGCCUGCAGUGGGAGGUCCCGGAGCCCAAGGUGACUCAGGCUCUCCGGGCGCGGGGGGCGCGCGCGCCCACCUUUACGACCGAGACUUCCGGGAUCCUGGAGGGGCCGGAAGUGUGAGCUCUCUCGCUUCCGGCUCGGCCAUUGUUUUCGCUUCUGCCAGCCGCGGCGGUGUCCGGCGCCGACGGGUCGCCGCCGCGGUGCCCCGAUGAGCGGACCCGGGGAGGGGAGAGAGGUGCUACUGGGGCCGGAGCCGCGGCCGCCCACAGCCCAGGUCGUUGACGCGGGCCCUACCCACGCUUCGCCCCCGCGGCCGGCGGCGCGGUCCCCUUGACUCUCAGAAGCCGCCCGAUGUAGAGCGCCUCUUUGUCCCAGUGCCCUGACCAGCCGUGGCUGGCACGGAGCCCGGCACCUGUGGGUACAGCGAUGAACAGGGCAGACGUGGCCAGAUGACACUCCCAUCCCCCUACCUCCCCAACUCUGAAAACAGCUUCUAAGACCUGAAUUACAGACCAUCAUUUUAAUCGGACAAACUGCAACCAAAAUAAGUUUCUCUUGGGGGUCAGAAUGGCCACUCAAGGCAGAGGAACUCUAGGACUCAUCACUAGGGGUGCUGUUCUCCAGAAGCAGGAGGGGUGCCUGCCGGUGAAGCAGGAGCCAGGGAGCCAGACCUGGGGACAGAGCUGCAGUCUCCAAAAGAAUCACCCUCCCGUCUGUGAAAUUUUCCGGCUGCACUUCAGGCAGUUAUGUUAUCACGAGAUGUCUGGACCACAGGAGGCACUGAGCCGGCUCCGGGAGCUCUGCCGCUGGUGGCUGAUGCCAGAGGUGCACACUAAAGAGCAGAUCCUGGAGCUGCUGGUGCUGGAGCAGUUCCUGAGCAUCCUACCCGGGGAGCUCCGGACCUGGGUGCAGCUGCAUCACCCUGAGAGUGGGGAGGAGGCUGUGGCUGUAGUGGAGGAUUUCCAGCGACACAUCAGUGGACCAGGAGAGGUUUCAGCUCCAGCACAGGAACAGGAAAUGCAUUUGGAGGAGAUGACAACCUUGAGUGUAACAGCGGAAUCUCCUCCUGCCUCUCCCCUCAGUGAGGGUUCAGCCCCUGGAGCCCACCUGGAGCCUCCACAUGACCCAGGGGCACACCACCUCCCCAGCGGGUGCUCUGGUACUCACCUCCCCAGCUCUGGCCUUCAGUCAUCCCGCCUUUCUCCCCUCUGGAGUCUCCUUUCCUUCAUCUCCCCAUCUCCUGCCCCAUUGGAGUCCCUCAUUGCCCUGCCCCAUGUCUUCCUUACCUAGUGACUUAAUUCCUUUUGCUUAUUCUGCAAUCAUUCAUGUAUUCAGCAAAUGUUUGUCAAGCACAUUUCAUGGGAAAAACAGUGUUGGGGACCAGAGAAAGAUAAUACACUCUCCCUGCUUUCAAAGAGCUUGUUAUCUAGUUGGCAGAGUUGGUCAUAAGUGCAAGAAGAGGCAACCUCAUAAGGUUCGUGUGAGUGAUCUCUGUCCUCAGGCACUUGCUGCCAUCACAAAUGAGCAACGUGGACAUUGUAAACAGUGAGUGAGAUCAUUGAGGGAUGGAGUGGCAGAGGAUGCUUCAUGGAGGAGAUUAGCAGUGGGAUUGGACAGUGAAAACAAAGGGAGGAAUUUGAGGGGGAGAGAGAGGUGGUAGGGGCCAGAGCAGAGGAUAUAAGCAGACUCACUAAGAUUCCUUGGACCCCACUGAGGUGGUAUCAGGGAGGACUGAAUUUGGGAGCCUGGGGUCUGCUUAUACAGGACCUUUGUGUGGAAUCUAGGAAGACAUGGGGACAGGAGAAUGAAGUAUCAGAAACAGUAUCUCAGAAGACUCAGUGGGCACAGGAGAGCCCUGUGGAUGGAGUAGGGAGGCCAGGAGCCAGGAGCCUCCGUAGGACACUAGUGCCGGAGAACAGAUGAGGUAAUUGCCUGAGUGGGUUUGAAUGGAACGGAAAGCGAUAGAUGUGGCUGACAUUUGAGGGAAGAAUCCAAUGGGAUAACGAAAGGAGGGGAGUUAGAGGGUUAUGACCAGUAUUUGGAAUCACUGAGAAAACUUGAGAAGUCAGGAAAGGAAAACGGAACCAUGCAUUUCACACACUGAAUUUAAGGUAUUGUAGGACACCCAGGUGAAAUCUCCAACAGUCAACUGGAGGUUUGUGAUUCAGAGACUGAGAGUCGUAACGCCUGUGACAGAGGGAAAGGGAGGCUCUGAGGCCUCAGCCCCUGCAGUGUCCAUAACCAGGGGCGGGGGGAACAGAAGCCAGGAAUGCGGGGCAGAGAGGUGAGGGGCAGGCAGGAGGCCAGUGCUGGGGAAGCCAUGGGAGAGCAAGUGGUCAGAAGUGUAGCUUCCUUCCAGAGUCGCAGAGAGACAGUGGGAAGGAGCACCCCUUCUGUUUGACCAGGGACCUUCUGUG